UGCAGCUCUGACAGAUGAGGAUACCGUACCAGAGCACAGCAGCACUUGUUGCUCUGAAGAACUACCGUAAGAGGGACUGCUCCUCUGCUGCCUGCCUUUUCUUAAUUAUUAUUAACUUAAUUGCCUGCAACUUGUUUACUCCACUCCUUUCGAGCUUUAUCAUUACAAGUGAUGUUUUAAGAGCUUUGUGGGAGCAGUUCAGAAGGGAAACUCACACGCCGUGCAGUUGAAACCUCCUUUUGCCACUUAAUAUCAAGAGAUCAGCUGGUAGCCUUGGGGGUGAAAAAUGACAGACUCUGUUGCUGCUAAUGGGGAAGGAAAGGACCCUGAAAUUGAGCUCUUUGUGAAGGCUGGUAUAGAUGGAGAAAGCAUUGGGAACUGCCCAUUCUCCCAGCGUCUAUUCAUGAUCCUGUGGCUCAAAGGAGUUGUGUUCAAUGUCACCACUGUUGAUCUGAAAAGAAAGCCAGCUGACCUGCACAAUCUGGCUCCUGGGACCCACCCACCUUUCCUGACAUUUAAUGGAGAAGUCAAGACAGAUGUUAACAAGAUUGAGGAAUUCUUGGAAGAGAUUCUUGCACCUCCAAAGUACCCCAAGCUGGCUGCUAAGCAUCGGGAAUCAAACACUGCUGGAAUUGAUAUAUUUUCCAAAUUUUCUGCAUACAUCAAAAACACCAAGCAGCAGGAUAAUGCUGCGCUUGAAAGGGGCUUGGUGAAGGCUCUGAAGAAGCUGGAUGACUACCUGAGAACACCCCUGCCAGAGGAGAUUGAUGCAGACAGCACUGAAGAGGAAAAAGUGUCUAAACGCAAGUUUCUGGAUGGAGAUGACCUGACACUUGCUGACUGCAACCUUCUGCCCAAACUCCACGUUGUGAAGAUUGUUGCAAAGAAAUACCGCAACUUCGAGUUCCCAGCGGAGAUGACGGGGCUGUGGAGGUACCUGAAGAACGCGUACACCAGGGAUGAGUUCACCAACACCUGUGCAGCAGACAAAGAAAUUGAGCAAGCCUACGCAGAUGUGGCCAAGAGGCUCAGCAAGUCCUAAGUGUCCCCAGCCAUGGCUCAGCAUCCCCUUUUACGGACUCUGCUCCUUGUUGCCUUAAGAUGUACUUUAUCGUUAGGCUGUCUGGUUGGCAUCUUUAUGACUUCACAUGUUCCAAGUGUAUUGGGCAGGGACAAAUCUGCCUCUCCCUGGAGAAAAGAG